CUCUUGCUUUAAACAUACUUGAUAUAUUCAUUUCGUGCAGUUUGAGUUGGAUUUCGUUGCAAGUAGCUAAAUUGGGAUGAUAAUUUGGAGUAUAGCAUUGCUCUCCUUUCUCGUCACAGUAGAUGCUAACUGUGGGGGAAUAACACCGGGGUUUGUGUGUAAAAAGGACUGUUGCUCACAAGAUGAGGAAUCAAAAUUGCUGGAAGUUGUAAAAGCAAAGUUCUACGAGAAAACAACAGAAGAAAUUUCGGACAAGUUAAAUCACGACCAUCCCAACAAAAUAUUCUUCGACCUGUUUUAUUCUGACACCCCUCGAUACGCGAUACCAGCCAACGUUGAAGCAGCUGCAAAGAGUGGGCGGUUUGACAGUGAGGUAUUGGUGGAUUAUGAACUCAUCAGGAAAAUGGGCGUGACUAGCUUUAUAAGUGACGAAUGUAAGAGGACAGCUUUCAUUGGAAGCUUUAUCAGAAAUACACAGUUGAAAAUGGAAAAGUCACAUGCGAUCUACCGUGCUCUAGUAGUGGCUGACGAGAUAAAGAAGGAAAUUCUCAACUUCCCACUUAGUGAAAAGUGUUUCGACCAUGCACUCAAAAACGGAUUGUUUAACAGUCACAGCUGCAACUCUUGUGGAGCAGGAGGGAUGUUCCCCAAAAUGAGGACUUGCACAGGACUGUGUGAGAACAUUGUCAAUGGUUGUUACUACGUUCUCACCAGAGUUUUUGCUCGAGAUUACACUCCAUUUAAAGAGAGUCUGGUUAGCCUGCUGAGGGAACAUGCAAGAGAAGAACGUGCAUUGUUGCGUAAUGAAAUCAAAAUGUUCCUCACCGAAACAGAUAUUGCUGAGGGAGUUGCUUGCUCAGGACAACCAGCCUACGAGGUUGAGUAUAGGUUGCAGAGAUUGCUGGCAAUUCCAAGACAUGGAAGAGAUCGUAAACUAUCAAGCCAGUUUCGCAUGUUAUUGAGAUCACCUGAGGUUAUAGUUCCAGAAUUUCUCCCGAUACAACCUAAUGCUCUCAAUUUCUGUAGAAAUCAUGGACAUCUUGCAGGGAAUUCGAAUUGCUUCAACGGAAAUUCUGUGGGAUUUUACUCAGGAGAAACACAUCCAUUGAAUUCAUCUGGACAGGAAAGAAAUGACUUCAAAACUUUUGGUGGAAAUUCUGAGCAUUAUGAUAAAUUAGCUACUCUACUGAACAAGUUGACCAAAGUGACCGAAGAAUUACAGUACCAAAGCAGCGUCUAAAGGACUUGAAAAAGACUGUUAUUUUGCAAUGAUUAUCAGACAAAUACUUUUAACUGUCAGUAAACAAAGCACCUAUCAAAUAUACUUGUUAGCUUUAAAUGUUCAAUUGAUAAAACUGCUUCGUUAAUCAUUCUUGACAUUGUACUGACAGUAAAUAUUCGUUUAAAAUCAAAAAAUUAUGAUUAUCUAGUAUUAUGAUUAUCUAGUAUUUUUAUUUUAAUUAAAAAACCAGUAUCAAUAUUUAUGUUUCAUAUAAUUAAAAUAAUUUCAGCUAGGCUCAACUUGGAAAUAGCUUCAAACUAAUGUCCAAUUAUUAAUUG